AACCGGUUUACCCACAAUGCGCUACAACAUUUCCUUUCUUCUUGGCUUGUAGGUGGCUCAAGAUGUCGAUGCUAGAAGGUCCGUUAACCGUGCUCGGCCAGAGAACGUCUGGGGACUCAGUGAGAACUCAAAAUGUCAUGGCCGCAUCCUCUAUCGCCAACAUCGUCAAGAGUUCUCUUGGGCCCGUGGGCUUGGACAAGAUGCUGGUAGACGACAUUGGCGAUGUGACCAUCACCAACGACGGUGCCACCAUCCUGAAGCUGUUGGAGGUGGAGCACCCAGCUGCCAAAGUGCUGUGUGAGCUGGCCGAGCUGCAGGAUAAAGAGGUCGGAGACGGCACUACAUCCGUGGUGAUCAUUGCUGCCGAGCUCCUGAAGAAUGCAGAUGAGCUGGUGAAACAGAAGAUCCAUCCAACCUCCAUCAUCAGUGGUUACCGGCUAGCCUGCAAGGAGGCUGUGCGCUACAUCAACGAGAAUCUGACCAUCAGCACAGACGACCUGGGCAGGGAGUGUUUGGUGAACGCUGCCAAGACCUCCAUGUCCUCCAAAAUCAUCGGAUGUGAUGCAGACUUCUUCGCCAACAUGGUGGUUGACGCGGUGCAGGCGGUGAAGUUUACGGACGGGAAGGGCGUGGCACGCUACCCCAUCAACUCUGUGAAUGUGCUGAAGGCCCACGGCCGCAGCCAGAAGGAGAGCUACCUGGUCAACGGCUACGCGGUCAACUGCACCGUCGGAUCACAAAGCAUGACUAAGCGUGUGACCAACGCCAAGGUGGCCUGCCUGGACUUCAGCCUGCAGAAGACCAAGAUGAAGAUGGGAGUGCAGGUGCUCAUCAACGACCCAGAGAAGCUGGACCAGAUCAGACAGAGGGAGUCUGACAUCACCAAGGAGCGAAUCCAGAAGAUCCUGGCGGCGGGGGCGAACGUGGUGCUCACCACGGGGGGUGUCGAUGACAUGUGCCUCAAGUACUUUGAGGACGCCGGGGCCAUGGCUGUCCGCCGAGUCCUCAAGAGGGACAUGAAACGCAUCGCCAAGUCAACCGGAGCCACCAUCUGUGCGUCCCUGUCCAACCUGGAGGGCGAGGAGACAUUUGAGCCGUCCAUGUUGGGCCAGGCCGAGGAGGUGGUGCAGGAAAGGGUGUGUGACGAUGAGCUCAUCCUCAUCAAAAAUACUAAGGCACGUACAUCGGCUUCUAUUAUCCUGCGUGGGGCCAAUGACUUCAUGUGUGAUGAGAUGGAGCGAUCUCUGCAUGACGCCCUGUGUGUGGUCAAGAGGGUGCUGGAGUCCAAGUCCUUGGUACCAGGAGGGGGCGCUGUGGAGGCAGCACUGUCCAUCUACCUGGAGAACUAUGCCACCAGCAUGGGCUCCCGGGAGCAGCUGGCCAUCGCGGAGUUCGCCCGCUCGCUGCUCGUCAUCCCCAAGACUCUGGCGGUGAACGCGGCGCAGGACUCCACUGACCUCGUGGCCAAACUGCGGGCCUUCCACAACGAGGCCCAGGUCAACCCCGAGCGCAAGAACCUCAAAUGGAUUGGUCUGGAUCUGGUGAACGGUAAGCCCAGAGACAACAAGCAGGCUGGCGUGUACGAGCCAACCAUGGUGAAGACCAAGAGUCUAAAGUUCGCCACCGAAGCCGCCAUCACCAUCCUGCGAAUUGACGACCUCAUCAAGCUCUUCCCCGACCAGAAGGAGGGCGGCCCCUCCUACCAGGACGCCGUGGCGUCCGGCUCCCUGGAGGGGUAGGGGGGGGGGGCUCUCCUCCUCCUCGAAGGUCGGGUUCUUUGUCCUGUUUCCACUCCGGGUCUCUCUGGGUCCAGCGCUGGUUUCUGUACGGGAAUCAGGCAAAGGCCUUGUGUGUAUUUAUAUACAUGGAAGCGCUCUGCUGUUCUGUCGCUAGAGUAGAAUGUGCACUUUUUGUUUUGCCUGUGUAUUAUUGAGGCCAUGACGGGUUGCCAUGGGGACUGAAACAUCAUCCAAUCACCUGGUCGCUAUUAUGGUUUUUUUGGGACACUUAAAAGAAAAUAAACCCAAAUGGUUGUGAGUAGCCAUUUAUUUGUUACUGACAUGAAGUCUCUGCUUUUUUUGUUGCACAUAACAUCAGUGUCACAUUCCAGUUUUUUUCCCCCUGACAUAAACUGCACCUGUAACCCAUGUCAACCUACAUUCAAAAACUUAAAUUAAAGUUAAUUCAAUUUAAAAAAUGGGUAUUGAUUAAGUAAUAAUUAAGCAUGAUGAGUGUUGCUAAUGUCUAGGAGUUUUCAGUUUUGUGUAGUUUGAUAUUGCCUUCAUACCAGCUGGAAUAAAUAACCAUGUGUGAACUGAUCCCAGACAUGCUGUUGUUAAGGGGGUGGCAACUCAACGCUGCUCAUAUAGAUAUCAACAGCCACUUCAGCCGUUCUGACAAGAACCCCAAAAUCUCUUUGCAAAAGAUUUCUCCAUUUGAAUAAAAUUGUCCUUCAAAACUGUC